UGGCCAACAAGUUUGUUUGCUGCGCAGCUCACACACUCCGCUCAAGAGGCGUGAGGAUAUGUGGCUAACGCAUAUCAAUAAAAGUAAAAUUAAUUAAACGACAGCAAUAUUAAAUCAUAUUUAUCUGUUACCAAAUAUCGACUGUGGGACACCGAAGACUUUAUUUGCAAACGUCACUUGGAAGCAGCAAAUCAAAUCUAUUGCAUAGUGCGCAAUACGUGAUCGUAGCAAACAAAGAUGUUCCCCUCCCUCCAUCAUCGUCCUAUGUGCACCAUAGGAACCAGAGCUGUUCGACUUCAAACUUUAAGUACUUUUAAACACAGCAGUGAGAUUGGAAAAACAAGUAGCAGAUCGUUGACUUUCUCGUGGCUUGGACAGCGCGUGGGCCUGCUGCUGUCAUGGCUCCAGAAAGCAGGAAGGGGAACCAACACACUGGCGUCCGAGAAGAAGAAGAAGGAAAAACUAUUGUCUAUAUUUGCAAACCACUGUAGUUUUGUGACAGGCCAGAGGUUGAGAAGGGCUUUUCAGAUAGGAGAGCUUUACUCAAACCUUUACUCGGAGAGAAGCAGGUGGACGCUCGUGGGCAGCAUAUGGCGGCGCCUGCAGAGCAAACACGCGCCCGCUGGAAAGCUCAUAGCAGCACUCGCCGGAGUCUUCAUGUGGGAGGAUGAGAAGAUACGAGAUGAUGAGCUUAGAAGGUGUGCAUUGGAGCUGCAUGCACUGGAAUCUGUGAAAGGUGAAAGUGGAAACCCAAAGUCUGCUGUAGUUGUAGAUCCCGGCUGGGAGGUGGUUAUGGAUAAGACAAACUUUAGAGUAUGGAGGAGACCUAUCCAGGGAAGCCAUCUCUUUGAAUACAGAGUGUUUGGUUCUUAUACAGAUGUCACUCCUCGGCAAUUCUUCAAUGUUCAGUUGGAUACAGAGUAUAGGAAGAAAUGGGACGCACUGGUAAUUAAACUGGAAGUGGUGGACAGGGAUGUCAACACAGGCACUGAGGUUGUUCAUUGGGCAACGCAUUUUCCAUAUCCCAUGUACUCCAGAGAUUACGUCUAUGUGCGUCGCUAUCAUGUCGAUAUGGAUAACAGCUUGAUGAUUCUGGUAUCCAGAGCUGUCAAACACCCUAGCGUUCCUGAGACCCAGGAAUUCGUCCGGGUUCAUUCUUACCAGUCUAAAAUGGUCAUCCGUCCACACAGGUCAUUUGAUGAGAAUGGCUUUGACUACCUGCUGACUUACAGCGACGACCCUCAAACAGUCUUUCCCCGCUACUGCGUCAGCUGGAUGGUAUCGAGCGGCAUGCCUGACUUCCUUGAGAAGCUUCACGUUGCCGCUCUCCGAGCCAAAAACAUGGACGUAGGUGUCCGCGACUACGUCAGCUUCGUCAAACCCACCCAGAUCACCCAGGAACGGCUAGGAGCCGACAACAAUCACAACUCUGGUCCAAACCAGAUCUAUGCCUGAACAAGAGACACUGGAUAAUGUGACCCACAACAAUGGGUUCAGUAAUAGAAGGCACGGAUAUUCAAAACAUCUACUUCCAAAUGUUUUUGUUUGCCAGUCUUGCAAUACUGAGCAACAUCCGUUUUUGUGCUAUAGUUUACUUCCGCUUUCUGUAGGGUGCAUCUGCGCUACCAUCAAUUACAAAGCUUGCCAAAGCUGCGUUUUUAUCCAUUUUACGCUUUAUCAUUGGAAUCAAGUGUGGUGUUGAAGUAAGAAAGAACUAUAGUGUGCAUCACUAAGUUCAAGUACAGGAAGUUGUGAUGCAAAAGCUACUUUUCUUUUUUGUGGUUGUUCUCUCCAGCUAAUAAUGCAAUCGUCAGCAAGCAGACUAAGUAACUGUUUAUGUGCGUAAGAACAUUCACUGCCAGUACAACCAAAACGGCAUUCACAAGGCCACCAAUAACCUCUACUGGAAACAAAAGAGAGGCGUGUCUUAUGCCAACCGCAAGAUCCUCACGAGCAGUCUUUGCUUACUUCUGCACCAUAAAGAGCUGUUUGAAGUGUUUUCUAUUCUGAUUUCAGCAAAUGUUUGCUAUACAUUCACUUUACACAGAGAAAGUGGAAUUGAUGCUUAAAGCAAUACUCCAGCCAAAUAUCUAAAUAUCCGAGGGUCGGUACAUCAUGAGGUAAUUUUGAUAUUUUACUGGGGUUUUGCUUUAAGUUGGCGCAAGAUUUUGUGCAAGUAAGAGUUUUGUCUUUUCAGUGUCUGUUAUACACAUAUGCCUAAAAAGUAAACUAGAUACUUUGUUGAAGAGAAUUGGUACAGUCUUUAUUAAAAAAUAAUAUCAAUAUUCUGGUUAACACAAAUUAAUUGGCUUAUUUAGUCAGAAGUCAUUUCACUUUGACUUUAUUUUGAUUCGAUGGGAUACUUUUUAUGUCGGUAUAUAUUAUGACCUUUAUUUUACACUGAACAGUACAGUUAUAGUUACAGUUGCACUUAACAUUUGCAUGAGAAACCAGGAUAUGGAAAUCAAGGUUACGUAAAUCAUCAGAGGAAAUACAAAAGUACACCGAGAAUUGAUUUUUCCUCUGUUGUCUUAUGUUGUCCGCAGAGGAGAAUUUAAAAUGAAGACAGCUUGUAGGCUAUUCAGUCCCAAGGUCAGAUUUUACUUUGAGGAUUUGUGCAAAUACGCUCCUAUAACAUUCGAAUGUCCUCAGUUAGCACUUGAUAACAAAGUCUUGAAGACCAGAAUAGUGUUUGUGAUGUUACAAGAGGGGUUUAUUAAUAAAAGUAGUAAUUAAAUUAUGAGUUGCACUUAAUAACGAAAGUUUCAAAAGAUAAGCAGUAAAAGAUUUUCCAUUGUUAGGAACUAUAAACAAGUGUGAUUUCAAUAUACUUAACCCAUGUGACUGACUAUCUUUAUUAAAAGCAUAGAUGAUGAACGUGUGUUUCUUGUUGCGUCACGUGAAAGCAUAUGUUUUUUAUUUUGUAAAGAUUAGUUCAAGUUAUAGUGUUUGUUUGCCCCCUAUUCCAUUGGGUUUUUUUAUGACACUGGCCUAAACAUUUUUGUUGCAAUUUGUGUGUCUAGAUUACAAUAGGAUGUUUACAUCAGCAAAAGUCAUCAGAUAAAGCAGCCGAAAUGCUUUUGUAUUGAAGGCAAAGUUGUUUUGUAUUUCCAUGAUUUUGGCCAGUCAUCUUAUGCACCGUUUUCCAACCCUGUUCCUGGGUUUUGGCUAGAAGGGAUACAGCAAACGACUAAAGAUGUUGGGUUUAGGUUUGAGGGUAGGAUUAGGAUGAAAACAGUGGUUCUGGCUAGAUGGUAUACAGCUACGGCCUAAAUCCUGUGGAAUGUUGGGUUUAGGGUUAGAUUUGGGGUACACUCUCAGAAAAAGGUACAAAAAUUGUACCCUUUGUCAUUGGGACGAUACCUUUUAAAAAAGUCUUAAUAUGUACUACCAGCAUAAACUUAGUGAUAACUUUUGGAUCUUCAUGUACUUUUUAUGAGAGUGUGUAUUAGGAUAAAAACGGCGCUCAUCUGGCGAAAUUGCAGUGUUUGUUGUAUCCAUUCUAGCCACAACACUGUUUCUGGAGGCACAUCGACACCAUACAUCUCUUCCUAUUCAAACACACUCGAUUCCAUUCAUCAGAUUAUUCGUAGAGACUCCAAGAUGGGAAAUGAGAUGUGGGAGACACUUAAAAUGUGCACUGUUGGUGUGCCUGCAGGAACAGGGUUGGGAAAUGCUCACCAGUGUACCUGACAAAUUUCACUUUUUUUGCUCUGAAUGUUUAAAUGUUUUUUUUUUAUUAAGGAUGAUCCCGUAAUAGUGUCAUAUUUAUCACCGAAAAGUAAAGUGUUUCAAUGGGAACGUUUUCAUUUUGCAUUAUGCUGAAGAACCGGCACUGCAGUCCUUUUCCAUAGGAAAAAACAACAGUAUUAGUUUAUAAGCAGAUGGAUCCUGAAAAUUAUUGUUGAGCAUGUUCAAUGCGUUCUGCUUGACUGUUUCGUUUAAACAUUGACUGUUUCGUUUAAACAUUGUCUAUGGCAUUACUAUAACACUCAAGUGCAUUUCCUUGAUGUUGGAAAACUCAUGUUUUAUACUCAUGAAAUCGUAAAAUGUAUGAUUUAAAAGUUAAAUCAUCUAAUGGCAUAAAAAAAAACUAAGCUGCGGCUACACAUUAGAUUGCUUUUUCACUUUUUAUAUGAAGCUCUUGAAUUGUUCUCACGUAUUGAGUGAAUUAAUGCUGAAAUCGUUUAUGAAUGAGUGAGUAGAUAAAGUUGAGCAUGAGUUUUUUUUUUUUGCUAUAUUGUGAUCAAUGUAAUUCAUUAAUUGGUGACAAUAAAAGCCUAAAAUAAUUAA